CAGGGUCUGGAGAGCAGCGGUGUCCUGCAGGAGGGGGGGAACCCAGCCUCGGGAGCACCCUGGGGGCGGGAGCCUUGGCGGCUGCGUUUGCUCAGAGGGAGGGGCCGGCCAGCGCCUGUGGGGCAGUCCCGAGGGUCUGCGGCGCCUCCACAGAUAAGGCAUUAACAGUUGGGGCGGACUCACCUUCAGAUCUGCUGACGCCAGGUGCUCGGGGCGAGGUGCCAAAGGUUCCCUAUAAAGUGCUGGGGCUCUGGGCCUGCGGCCACUCGCCCUCUGGCUCCCGACCCGCCUGGGCCACCAGGGACCGGCCCUGCGACCGCCAUGGUGAGGCUCGUGUUGCCCAACCCGGGCCUGGAGGACCGGAUCCCGUCCCUGGACCAGCUGGAGAGCAUCGAGGCCAAGGAGGCCGGCUCCCGGCCCCAGUGGGACAACAAGGCCCAGUACAUGCUCACCUGCGUGGGCUUCUGCGUGGGCCUGGGCAACGUGUGGCGCUUCCCCUACCUGUGCCAGAGCCACGGCGGAGGGGCCUUCAUGAUCCCGUUCCUCAUCCUGCUGGUCGUGGAGGGUAUCCCCCUGCUGCACCUGGAGUUCGCCAUCGGGCAGAGGCUGCGGAAGGGGAGCGUGGGCGUCUGGAGCUCCAUCCACCCGGCCCUGAAGGGCGUAGGUGCGCCGCCGGGCUCUGCCGGGGUCCCGUAUUGGCAGCACGCGCCCCUCCUUCCUUCCCCGCCUUCACUGCCAGAUUUCAGGGAGAGGAGGGGCCCAGCGCUUGGGCCCCGCCCCCCGGGUCUUCGCAGACCCCUCCUUACAAGCUCAGGUCAGGGCCUGGGUCACUGCUGGCCGCCAGGGCCCAGCAGGGCAGCGGACACCAUCCUGAGUCCCCAGGCGACCAGCGGGUUGGAGGGUGUAGACGCACUGGGAGAGUAGAGACCCCGCCCCUGCCGACUCCCUGCCCAGAUCAGGGCUCGGCAGUGGCUGGAUGGCCCGGAGGUGGGCUGACUGCUGAGGCCACACUCUUGCUCUCCAAGUUUCCUCCAUCCACUCCUUACGGUCAGCAAGGAGGUUCCUCCCCAGCAGUGACACCUCAGCCGGCACUGACCCCUCGGCCGGCACUGACCCCUCGGCCGGCAC